AUGGUAAUCUGGUACGUACCAUCGUCUACCAAGAUGUCUACCAAGCUCGCCGUUGUCUUCCCCUUGUUUGUCCUGAUGUUGGCGACCCUGCUGGCCGCAGAAAAGGCUGCAGACUCUGCUACAACUGCGGCCGCUGAUAAGGUUGAUAAAACACAAGUUGCCACCACAACUACUUCUCCUGCGACCAAUGAGUACGGAAUCCCGCACAACCUGAUGCAGAUCAUCUCCAGCGGAGGUACUGUGGUGCUGGGUGUUGUCGUGUUGGCAGCAAUAGCAGCACUGAUCAUGCCGAUGUUCAACCUGCGACUGUGCCAGGUGUUGGGAAACUGUGACACCUACGCGGGCGCCGCCUCUGGCUACUCCAGCAACCUGUACCAGAAUGAUGUGUACGGCCAGUAUCCCCAGGCUUCUUACCCCACUCCCAACACUUACCAGAAGAGAUCGGUUGAGUACAUGGGGCCAGUCCUACAGAUGUUGAAGACGGCCUAUGACAAGUACAGUCAGAACCCAACGGCAUCGAGGAAUGCUCUGUAG